AACACACAACGUGUGUCCUUUCUUUUGUAACAGUUGCAUCUUGAUUUUUGGGUUUUUUUAUUUUGUUUUUCUUUUUUUAAACUCCUGUCAAGCACACUGGUCGACAGUUUGUGACGUCAAGGAAACUAUCAGGCAUGCGGUAUAGGAGGUCUAAUUUUAAACCACCUCACCAGUUUUAGUUCGGCAUAUUUUCGCCACAUCUGCUCUUGUGUGAACAGUUUUCAGACAGCGUACGAGUAUGGAGGUCAUCUUCAAAGAGGGGAUGCUGUAUCUUCAGGGGGCCAAGUUUGGAAAAAGAACCUGGCGGAAAAUCUGGAUGGUGCUUUUCAAACCCAGUUCCACAGGCGUGGGUCGACUGGAAUUCUGUUCAGCUUCUGAUGGCAACGCUUUCAGCGACCAGCUGAAGGCCAGUCGGCAGAAAACAUCAGAGAGAAAGGUGGUGCGUUUAACUGACUGUCUCAGUGUGACCCCUGCUCUAAAGGAGUCGUGCCCUGCCCGCUGCACAGCCUUCUACCUGAACACCACCCAGUCCACCUACACCUUCGCCUCUGUGGAGAGCCAGAGCUGGAUCCAUGCCCUCAGCACACUUGCCUUCCAGAGGGAUCCUGGAGACUCCGAGAAAGGGGAUUUUGAGGGAGGGAAUGGCUUUACCAUGGAGGACAAUGACCUUUACUCAUCUUGGCAAAGAGAGCCAACCCUUCCUCCUGACCAGUACAAAGUGAAGGUCCAGAGCACAGAGGUGGCUAAGAGGUGCAAGCUGUCCGGGGAGUAUAUUGUGUUCACUGACAGUGAGGCUUUGGAGCUCCUCUCUGUGAACACAAGUGAAGUCAUCUACAGCUGGCCUUACAAACUCCUUCGGAAGUUUGGACAGGUGGAGGGAGGGUUCUGCAUUGAAGCGGGCCGUCGCUGUGAUUCAGGAGAAGGGGUGUUCACCUUCCUGACCCCUUCUGGUCCCCAGAUCUUACAGGCUAUAAUGAGGCUGUGUUCCCUACAGAUGAAAAAGACUGUCCAGCCCUCCAGUGUCCAAAAAAGGUCAUCGCUUGACAUGUCCUCUUAUGCCCUUCCUGCCGCAGCCUCCCACACCGCUGCUCCUGCGAUCUACAGUGUUGUUGGGGUCCGACCUAACAUGAAGGACGAUCAUGCCUGCCAAUACUCUGCGAUUAAUCUCCCCUCUGCUGUGAGUAUGAAGAAUCUCUGCCUUAUCCAGCCUUAUCUCUACAGCAGCAAGGAGGAUGUGGGAGGGGAAGGUGUGGAGGUGGAGGAGGAGGAGGAGGAAGAGGAGGAGGAAGGGGAGGGGGAGGAAGAUGAAGAGGAUGAUCGGUGUCACUCCCUGGAAGCUGUAAAUCAGGAUAGCAACUUGGAGGAUGACAUUUAUUACAACUUGAGGAGAACCUCUCCCUCUUUGAUGAAAAAAACUGCGCUGGAAGAUUUGGAUUGCAAUUACAAUUCGACAGAAGACUUCCCUUCCUCAGAUCCCUUUCAUUUACCCCUGGAGAUUUCUUCCUCUACCCUCGGCAAUGCAGACCCCUUUGCUUCAGCAAUGCAGCAAAGCAUGCAUCUCCCUCCAGCGGAUAACCACAGCUGUGCAGCAUUCAAUGCACAGGCAGUGGAUGACAGGAAGGACCCAGAGGAGGAAAACCGCUCCACUGUCUCCACGACCCCCACCAAAGCUCCUGGCAGUUUCAAACAGAGGCUGGCAGAAAUAAUUUCUAAGGACCUGGCAAAGUUCCAGCCUCCUCUUCCCUAUGGAGCAGGCAGCCCCAUGUUAAGCCGUCAGCUUACAGACUGACUAAAAAGAGCAGUUUCAUAAAUGAUAAACUGUCACGCAGCAUAAUUAGUUUCUUUACAGCUCUAAAAAUCCCUUCCACUGGGAGCCUGCUGUCAGUCUGCCUUCUUGUGCUUGCAGAUGUGUUUAUUUUUAUUUUUUGGAAAGCACUUUUUGGGGGAAAUUGCAACAGCAAGAUGUGAAGUAAUAUCUGUUGUAUCCUUUGCAGGUUGGAUAUUAGAGAAGCUUUGUGCAUUUGCACUGUAAAGCAAAUGACUUUUACCAGAUACGGUGCCUACAGUAACUCUUACAUAUGUUCACAUUUACAAACAUAGCAUUUAAUUGGAAUUUUAUAUAAUAGGCCAUCACAAAAUAAAGCAAAAUUCAAAGUGGAAAAAAAAUAGCAUUCAUACAGUGACACCCGUAAAUAGAAUCCAUUGAAUCAACUACAUUAGGUUAACUGCAGCCUGAAGGCACAUCAUAACUUUUUAGGAGCUAGAGAAAUAAAAAAAAUAUAUAAAAAAAAAAAAAAAACAUGUGUUUUGUGGCUAGUUCAGCAGGUUCAGACAUGGUGGGAAGAUUGAUGGAUCUAAAUGCAAGAGAGUCUUUGAGGAAAGCCAGUUAAAGGCAACAAAAUACAUGAGACCAAGAUGGAGGUUUGCUUCUCAUCAGCAAGCUUAAGUAUACAACCAGAACAACUAUGGAACUUAAAUCAAAGCAUAUUUUUAAUAGAAUGGCCUAGUCAAAGUCCAGGCUGAAUUGAAUUAGUAAAAAUGUAGAUUUUCCAUCUUAACUGACUGAACUUAAGCUAUUUUGGAAGACAGAAAUUUCCCAAAAGAUUUUUUAAUUGCUGCUGGAUGGUUCUACAAAGUCACAUCUGUGUUGAUCUAUCUAAAAAAAUCCCAAAUAGAUACUUUAAAUUUUUUGUUAUAAUGAGUAAAAGCAGAAUAUGUUUGAAUACCAUUGCAAAGAGCUUACUUCUUUUAUUUAAAGAAAUGUUGUAAAUGAAUGAUUAUUGUAUUAUUUUCUCAUAAAACAUGGUAUGUUUACUAUUAUAUGUAAUGUUUUAAAGCAUUUUUUGGUGCAAUUUAUGCAUAUAUCUGGCUUGCAGUCAUUUAUACAAAAAUAAAUUAAAAUGCACACGCAGUA